GGCUGAGGAAUGGCGUGCUGAGCUCCCUCUGCAGCCGAGCGUCUCAGCCUGAAGCUGGAGCAACCCCAGACCCAAGCCAACAUGGCCAACCCGGGGCAGUCUCAGUUUCCCUCAGCCCAGGAGCCAGGCACCACCUCAACCCUGGACCUGCCGGAGAUGGAGAAGCUCCUCACGAAGGUGGAAGGCAAGGAUGACAAGCCCCUGAUGCUGUCCACGUCCCUCUCGGGGGCCCUGGACCUGGAGCAGAAUGGCCACGGCCUACCCUUCAAGGUGGUAUCGGAGGGGCGCCCCGAAGCCACACUCCCCUGGUCGGCCUCUCGGGCCAGCUCUAGGCGGGCGUCCUCCAUUGCCACGGCUUCCUCUGCCCAAGACCAAGAGGUCCCCAAAGAUUACCUCAUCCUUGCCAUCGCCUCCUGCUUCUGCCCCGUGUGGCCUCUCAAUCUGAUUCCCCUCAUCUUUUCCAUCAUGUCCCGAAGUAGCGUGCAACAGGGGGACCUGGACGGCGCCCGGAGGCUGGGCCGCCUGGCCCGGCUGCUCAGUAUCACCUUCAUCAUCAUGGGGAUCAUUAUCAUCAUCGUGGCCGUGACUGUCAAUUUCACAGUGCAGAAGAAAUGAAACGGACCAGGGCGCUGCGCUGGCGGAGGCGGCCCUGGGCAGCCCCAGGUCUCCACGCUCCCGCGCCCCCUCUCCCGCGGGAGGACAGGACAGGGACGUCCAUGCACUCCCAAAGCACCGACUUGGAGGGAAGCCCCCAGGCCUCCCCACUGUCAGCCCACCUCAGAUGCGAAAAAGCGCCAAGAAUGAUUAAUGGGGUUUAAUCUCCUGGACACGGCCCUGUAUUGGCCUCCGUGCUCUGGCUGGUUUCUCAUCCCCACCGUCUCCCGCGAUCCACCACACCACAUA